AUGGAGUUCGCCGCCACUUCCCUGGGCACGACGCCGCGAGCGGCCAGGACGGUCAUCCACGGGCGCGGGGAGCCUGUCAGGUACGUGGUGGCGCCCAACGGCGUCACCAGCAUCGGCCGUGGCAAGGUGGUGCCGUGCCACCCGCUGCCGUACCCGGCGGACCUGCUGUACUGCCACCGGCCGGGCAACGUGCAGGCAUUUAGCGUGGAGCUCGUCGGGCAGGAGGACCCCUCGUUGGGUGCCACGGCGAUCGCCGUGUGCCACGAGAAGACGGAUGCAUGGGCCCUGGAGUAUUUCGCAAUGCUCAACGGAACCCGUGGUGAGCCGGUAUGCCACUACAUGCCGGAGAAAUACCUGCUGUGGGUACCUGCUGCUGAGCUGAAGCUAUGA